AUGUGUUCAUAUUUCAGAGUCGAAGGCGAAAUUGUCAAGACCAAGUUGAGAGGAACGAAACAAGUUCCUAGCGGCAAGGGCCACGGCACGACAUCGCUAUUUAAAAUCAUUGUCAACAAUGGUACCGGUAAUCGAGUCAGAGUGCUUUUCUGGGGACAAAAAGCCACGGAAUUUUCCACAAUUCUCCGCAUACGUAACGUUAUUACAAUUACGCGCGCAAAAGCAUCUGCGGUUAACGUGAAAUUCAAUAACCCUGCGGACAACGUCGGAUUAAUUGAAUUGUCGGUUACCAAUUCAUCGACAAUCCAAGUUGCGCGAAAUUUAUUUCAAGAUGACGUCGAUAAUUCACCACCAAGAGUUGUUAAACUCGAGGAUGCACCAAAUGAGCGUGGUCGAUUGGCUGUUUCUGGUUGGUUAAAGUUACCAUUCGGACCGGUUGUUUCAUUUGGUUCGACAAUUGGCAGUGGGGUGAUCAUAGAUGGAAAAUUUAAAUUGCGAGUCCAUGUGCACGAUUACCGACUCCCCAUUACUUUCCCUCAAGGAGCUCACAUUAAAGUAAUUUGCGAGUCUGGUUUGGACAGAAAUGAAGUAUCGACUAUUUUGACUGUCCGCAGCAGUGCCGAUGUUUCUCUGGACGCCUCAAAGCCACCAUUAACUGAGAGCGAAAUGCGACGCUUAGGGAUGAUCACUCCAUCUAAGCGUAAAGCUGUUGAUGACUCUAACGUCGCCACUAAAAAACCUACAGUAGGUUAAGUUUAUGAUAUUGCGUCAGAUUGUGUUGACUAAUUGAUAUAAUUAAGUAUUCCUACGCCAGUAUUUAAUUUAAAUUAACAAAACAGUCAAUACUCUUAUUAAUAUUUUUUAAUUACGUUAGUCAUUUCGAUUCUUAUAAAAGAUCUGUGCUGCUAUGUAUGGCAAGAAAUUUCGUUAUCAAAAUGUCAUAAUGCACAGUGCAUGAAAAAUAUUUUCUUUUUAAUUUUUCGGUUUUUUUUUAUGUUUUCAAAUAGUUUUUUAUUUUCAUACUGAAUCGUGACAAUAAGUACUUGUCCGCUAAUUCCUAUUUUAAUUUUAAUAGCACUCAUCUAAUUAAGAUGACAGUUAUUCUCGUUUCAGUUUUUUUUUUUUCUUUAAGAAGACUUAGUUUUCUGUAUUUUAAUAUAUAUUUUUUUUUUUUUUAAAUGAUCGUUUCGAUUCUCAAAAUAAAUCUGUGCCGCUAUGUAUGGCGAAAAAUUUCGUCAAUGAAAUGAAAUAAUGGACAGUGCAUGCAAACUGUUUUUUUUACUUAUUUCUCAUCUUUUCUUAAAGAAAAUUAAGUUUUCUGUAUUUUAAUAUAUUGAUUUUAUUAUAUUUCUCAUUAGUUGUGAUACUUAUCGCAGUAUUAGUCAGUAAAUACAAAGACUAUUACAUUUUACCUGAUACCUGAUAUAUGUAUAAUAAUCAUAUCGUUAAUUAAGUGUACUGAAAGUACGUGAUUUUAGAUUAUAAAAACUGCGAUAGGUUACAAAUAGGUAAUAUUAAGAUUCAUUAUGCUAAGAUAAAAUUAUAAAAAUAUCUGUUGCC